AUGGUCUUCAGCGGCUCCUUACGGUCUACGCGGGGAACCGUCCUCGUCCUCGCCACCCUCAUCUGCACCACCCUCUUCUUCGGCCUCUUUUCCACAUCCUCCGACUCGUGGCUCCUGCCCGCCAGGACAAAAUUCGCCUUCGUCGGCAAUCUCUCGACGGCGCCAGACUCAGCCUCUCCGGGCUUCCUGGCCGACACCACCUUAGCCAAGUAUGCCACCGAGCUGCGCAACUUCUUCUACCACCAGCUCUGGAAGCCCUCCAUCCAGCCCGCAUCCCCGAGCUACAGCCCCUUCGGCGCCUAUAACUGGACCCUGCCUCGGCCCCCCCGCUGGAACCGCCCGCUCGGCAACGACCUGUGCAUCAUCGACCUCGACAGCCGCCCCUUUGACCAGCCGGGCCAGGUCUUUGGGCCCAGUCUCAUGUCCUGGGACGAUUCCCUCGACGUCCACGGCCUGUCGUUGGGUAUCAUCAAUCACUGGCUUUACGCCAAGAUUCACGGCUACAAGUACUACUAUGUUGCCGUCGACGAGUACCCCGAUCGGCGCUCAUCCUGGAAGAAGCCGCCCGUCAUCGCCAAGAUUCUCAAGGAGCACGACGUCUGCGUCUACCUCGACUCGGACGCCAUCUUCCCUCGCCUCGACCUGCCCUUUGAGUGGCUCUUGAACUAUUGGCAGCUCUUCCCCGAAUCAAACUCGCUCGCCCUCGCCGUCGACCCCGACCUGGAGUGGAACAAGGACAGGUUCGGCAAGCUGUACCUCAACACGGGCUUCAUCAUCGCGCAAAACAACCCGACCACGUACGACAUCCUCGACGCAUGGCAGACGUGCCCCGACGACGACGGCCCCUACCCGGGCUGUACCGAUUUCCGCUACAACAUCCCCGGCCAGCCGACGGACCAGGGAGGCUUUGGCACCUUUGUCCGCUACAACUUUACCGAACACAUUCGGGAGCUGCCUUGCGUCGAGGCCAACGGCUUCCCGCAGAACGACUGGGGCUGCAAGGGGCAGUUCAUCCGGCACCUGUGGACGGGCAAAUCGGACCAGAUCAAGAUUGACGUGGGCGAGCAGGUCCCCGGCCCCUACCUGCAGCUGUUCCACCAGCAGUACAAGGACGAGCAAGACGGCUUUUACAUGACCGAGAGUGCGCUGAUGCGCAAGGGCCCCAAGGCGGCUCUGAAGGGGGGACAGCAGCAUCUGACCAGGAGCACGCCCGAGGAAGAAGUGAGAUGA